GCUAACUGCCACUUCCCAUCUCCGGGGCCUUGGGAAGCAGAAAAAAUGUCGAUCCAGUGGCCGUGUGAACCGUGGACUGCGGAGGACCCGUGAGACCGCUCCAGGAAAUCCAGCUUCCCCGGAGAAUGGGCUCCUUGGGUACCAGGGCCUCUUCCCUUUGUGACCGGCUGCCACCCGUGGGACUGCACCUCGACGUCUCCUUGCACUGAUGGGGGAGUAGGCUCGGCUGGGCUUCAGUCUUCCGGUCCAGCAGCUUGCGCGGGGGCCAGCUGAGCCGCAGAUGUCUGCAGCACUUUGGAACUCGGCCCCCUGUUUGCAUCCAUUGUUUGAAGCUAGAGCUGUCCAUUUUCUCUGGCUGGAUGGAGUGGCCACAGCACGAUACUCCCUUGUCCAGAAAGGAUGCCUGGACCCAGACCUACCCACCUAGGAGGAGGAUCAGGCGUGCCCAGGUCCAGGGUAUAGCUUUGGCCUGGCCUGUACCCCUGUCCACACUACCAAGCUGGGAGCCUGCUACAGACAGAAACCUGUGUGUUCAGAUCUGCCCUCUGACUCUCACGUCUGCCCAACGGAACCGAUGGCCAUUUGUGUAUGGGGGUCAGCUGAAGCUGUCCAUUGAUGCCCAGGAUCGGGUUCUGCUGCUGCACAUUAUAGAAGGCAAAGGCCUGAUGAGCAGAGAGCCUGGCGUCUGUGAUCCCUACGUGAAGAUCUCUUUGAUCCCGGAAGACAACCAGCAGUGCUCCCAGAAGACGCAGACCAUUCCAGACUGCAGAGACCCGGCGUUCCACGAGCACUUCUUUUUCCCUGUCCCAGAGGAGGGUGAUCAGAAGCGUCUUCUGGUGACCGUGUGGAACAGGGCCAGUGAGACCAGGCAGCAUGCUCUCAUCGGCUGCAUGAGCUUCGGGGUGAGAUCCCUCUUGACUCCGGACAAGGAGAUCAGUGGCUGGUAUUAUCUGCUAGGGGAGGACCUGGGCCGGACCAAGCACCUCAAGGUGGCUAGGCGGCGGCUCCAGCCCCUGAGAGAUAUGCUGUUGAGAAUGCCAGGAGUUGGGGACCCUGAGAGUGGGGAGAGACUCCAGGUUUCAGGAAGCCUUCGGGCUUAUCUGCAGAGGCACACAGCGCAGACAGGGCUCGGGGAGAUCACUAUCCCGAGGGGCAAAGACGGCUUCGGCUUCACCAUCUGCUGUGACUCGCCGGUCCGAGUCCAGGCUGUGGAUUCUGGGGGCCCAGCCGAGAGAGCAGGCCUGCAGCAGCUGGACACCGUGCUGCAGCUGAACGAGAGGCCCGUGGAGCACUGGAAAUGUGUGGAGCUGGCCCACGAGAUCCGGAGCUGCCCUAGCGAGAUCAUCCUGCUCGUGUGGCGUGUGGUCCCCCAGAUCAAGCCAGGGCCGGAUGGCGGAGUUUUGCGGCGGGCCUCCUGCAAGCCCACACACGACCUCCUGUCGCCCCCUAACAAGAGGGAGAAGAACUGUACCCACGGGGCCCCGUCCCGUCCCGAGCAGCGCCACAGCUGCCACCUGGUGUGUGACAGCUCUGAUGGCCUACUCCUCGGUGGCUGGGAGCGCUACACCGAGGUGGGCAAGCGCAGCGGCCAGCACACCCUGCCGGCGCUGUCUCGGGCCACCCCCGCCACCGACCCCAACUACAUCAUCUUGGCCCCGCUGAACCCUGGGAGCCAGUUGCUGCGGCCUGUGUAUCAGGAGGAUGCCAUCCCCGAAGAACCAGGGACAACCACUAAAGGGAAAUCGUACACCGGCCUGGGCAAGAAGUCCCGGCUGAUGAAGACAGUGCAGACCAUGAAGAGCCACAGCAACUACCAAGAUUGCUCGGCCCUGAGACCACAUGUCCCACACUCGAGCUAUGGCACCUACGUCACGCUGGCCCCCAAAGUCCUGGUGUUCCCUGUUUUUGUGCAGCCCCUAGAUCUCUGUAACCCCGCCCGGACUCUCCUGCUGUCUGAGGAGCUGCUGCUGUAUGAGGGCAGGAACAAGGCUUCCCAGGUGACACUGUUUGCCUACUCGGACCUGCUGCUCUUCACUAAGGAGGACGAGCCAGGCCGCUGUGACGUCCUGAGAAAUCCCCUCUACCUCCAGAGUGUGAAGCUACAGGAAGGUUCUUCAGAAGACUUGAAAUUCUGUGUGCUGUACCUGGCAGAGAAGGCAGAGUGCUUGUUCACUUUGGAGGCUCACUCACAGGAGCAGAAGAAGAGAGUGUGCCGGUGCCUGUCGGAGAACAUCGCCAAGCAACAACAGCUGGCCGCAUCACCCCCGGAGAGGAAGAUGUUUGAGACAGAGGCAGAUGAGAAGGAGAUGCCCCUGGACAAGGGGAAGGGGCCAGGUGCUGAGGACCUCCCACCCAGCAAAGACCCCUCUCCCAGCCAGGAGCUUCCUGCAGGACAAGACCUCCCACCCAGCAAAGACCCCUCUCCCAGCCAGGAGCUUCCUCCAGGACAAGACCUCCCACCCAGCAAAGACCCCUCUCCCAGCCAGGAGCUUCCUCCGGGACAAGACCUCCCACCCAGCAAAGACCCCUCUCCUAGCCAGGAGCUUCCUCCAGGACAAGACCUCCCACCCAGCAAAGACCCCUCCCCCAGCCAGGAGCUUCCUGCAGGACAAGACCUCCCACCCAGCAAAGACCCCUCUCCCAGCCAGGAGCUUCCUCCGGGACAAGACCUCCCACCCAGGAAGGACUCUUCUUUGGGGCAAGAAGCAGCUCCUGGCCCAGAGUCACCAUCCGGUGAAGACACAGCUACCUGCCAAGAGCCCCCUCAAAGCCCAGAAACCUCAACAAGCAAGAACUCCCCGCUGCACCAGGGCUCUCCUCCAACCACAGACCGCCCAUCUUGCCAGGACCUUCCCGCUGGUCAAGAAUCCACCCCUAGCCAGGACCCUCUGCUCAGUCAAGAGCAGCCCCCUGUCAUCCUAGAACCCGCGGCCUCAGUCCAGAACCUUCCACCCUCUCAGGAGUCACCUCCCAGCCAGGGCUCCCCCCCGGAGAAGGCCCCUGAUGAACAGGCGGCCAUCAGCUCUGGGGAGCUAGCAGGGGCCACCGCCGCUGUACCUCGGGCCUCCAGGCCCAACUUUGUGAUCCCCGAGGUCCGGCUGGACAGCGCCUACAGCCAGCAGGAUGGGGCCCACGGGGGCAGCUCUGCCGAGGAUGAGGAGGCCGAAGAGGGAGAGGAAGGGGAAGAGGGGGAGGAGGAGGAGGAGGACGACACCAGCGACGACAACUACGGGGACCGCAGUGAGGCCAAGCGCAGCAGCCUGAUUGAGACUGGCCAAGGCGCCGAGGGCGGCUUCUCGCUGCGCGUGCAGAACUCGCUGCGGCGCCGGACGCACAGCGAGGGCAGCCUGCUGCAGGAGGCCCGGGGGCCCUGCUUCGCCUCCGACACCACCUUAAACUGCUCUGAUGUCGAGGGCACCGCGUCCACCUGGGCCAUCCCUUCACCCCGCACCCUCAAAAAAGAACUGGGUCGUAAUGGAGGCUCCAUGCACCACCUUUCCCUGUUCUUCACUGGACACAGGAAGAUGAGUGGGACUGACCUCGGGGAUGAUGACGAAGCCUCCCGGAAGAGAAAGAGCAAAAACAUAGCCAAGGACAUGAAGAACAAGCUGGCUAUCUUCAGGAGGCGAAAUGAAUCUCCGGGGGCCCCGCCAGCCAGCAAGACAGACAAGACAACCAAGUCCUUCAAGCCUACCUCGGAGGAAGCCCUCAAGUGGAGCGAGUCUCUGGAGAAGCUGCUGCUUCACAAAUAUGGCUUAGAAGUGUUCCAGGCCUUCCUUCGCACUGAGUUCAGUGAGGAGAACCUGGAGUUCUGGCUAGCUUGUGAGGACUUCAAGAAGGUCAAAUCACAGUCCAAGAUGGCAGCCAAGGCCAAGAAGAUCUUUGCCGAAUACAUCGCAAUCCAGGCUUGCAAGGAGGUAAACCUGGACUCAUACACACGAGAGCACACCAAGGACAACCUGCAGAGCGUCACGCGAGGCUGCUUCGACUUGGCACAAAAACGUAUCUUUGGGCUCAUGGAAAAGGACUCAUACCCUCGCUUCCUCCGCUCCGACCUCUACCUGGACCUCAUUAACCAGAAGAAGAUGAGCCCCCCGCUCUAGGGACCGCCAGUAUCCAGCUCAGCGUUCACACCAAGCGGAAGCGGGCUCCCUGCCCAUCCGCCUCCCUCCCCUGUGACGGAGGGGGCAAGCGAGCCCCCAAAGGCUGUGUCUCCAGACAGACAGAAGGACAUUUGGAUUCGAGACCUGGACUGAGAGAGACCCAGGCCGCUACAGGAGUAGGAGGACAGGCUGCGUCAGGUCCUCGAUGCUCCGGUACGAGGGGACCAAGGGCUCUGGCAGGCCCAAGCCGGAUCAGGAGCUGUAGCUCCAUGCUUUGGAGAUUCAGAGACUUCACGCUGACCAAGUUCCUUCGAGAACUGGCUAGGGGAGGCCCAGAGGCCCAGGCCUGGGCUCUGAGGACGUCUUGGGGGCUGCGGGGGGGCUCACAGCUCGGAUCCUCCCCCCUCGAAUUUUAUUUAUUUAAACUGUAGUUGGAUGCUUGGCAGUGAACUGUAAUAGGAAACCUUCGCCCUGCCAGUUUUCUUACCUUACAAGUGCAAUAUCUUAACCAAUGCCUUGUUAAAGCCACCUGGAGGGGCGGCCACCACCCUGCCGUCUCAGGGCAGUCGCUGGUCCCAGGAACCAGUGGUGGCAGCUGGGCCUUCUAGACUGACAAGGCCUUGCGGGGAUGCUGCAGAAAUCGGGCACCCCCUGGGUGGGUGUCCCCCCCCCCGCAAGAGAGCUGGGAAAGCAUAGUGCCCUCCGGCCACACAGUAACAAGUGUUGGAGUGAAUAAACGGCCUGUGUUCUUCU